AAGUACAUCGAUUAGUAUAGUUACAACCGGCCUAAGCGGCAGCAUUUAGUGGAGUUUUAUAGUUGGGAUAAUAUUUUUAUCUCCCGUUUAAGUUUCUUUCCGGUGUACAAAGUUUUGUGAUUAUGACUUCCACUUAAGGAAAAGGAAAUCAUUAUUAAUAUUGAACUAAAUAGUGUUAAACUAAACAUACUUAAUUACUUGAAGAAAUUACGUAUUAAGUAAAUAAAUAUCGGUGUCGAAAUGGGUCUCAUAACUACGAAAGAGAACGAAUCAAAAUGCAUAGACAGCAAUAACAAUUUAGAUCACGAAAAACGUCUAAAGCAACAAAACUAUGACGUCAUGUUGCCAAAGAACGAGUACAGAUUCAUGAAGACCAUCAGGAGAUGGGAAAGAGACGUUGUGGGUUUUGAAACCCCAUUGAGGUGGAUUAAUAUAUUUCUGAUCUCGACAUACCAUUUGGUUUACGUGCUAUGCGUCACAUACUGUUUCAUGCACAGGAUACAUAUUCCAUUGAUUAGUUAUGUCCACGGCCUGUUCUUUGGCUGGAUGGCGGGGUUCGGCGUGACGGGGGGCGUGCACCGCUACUGGUGCCACAGAUCCUACAAAGCCAAACUACCACUUCAGAUUAUACUGCUGGUGUGCUACUCCAUGGCUGGACAGAACACAAUAUACGAGUGGGUCCGCGACCACCGAGUGCACCACAAGUACUCGGAGACCUCCGCGGACCCUCACAACGCCAACCGAGGCUUCUUUUUCGCGCACGUCGGCUGGCUGAUGAUGAAGAAGCACCCCGACGUCGUCAGGAAAGGCAAAGUUGUUGAUAUGAGCGAUAUUGAAAACGAUCCGCUUGUCCGGUUCCACACCAAAUACUUCUUGUUCUUCAAGCUGGCAUUCUGCUACGUCAUCCCAAUUCUGAUCAGUCACUACGUGUUCGGCGACUCCUGGCUCAUGACGAUCUACACGGAGACCGUCAUCCGCGUGCUGAUGAGUCUUCACUACACCUGGAGCGUCAAUAGUUUUGCCCAUAUGUGGGGGAACAAGCCUUACGAUAAAUCAAUAAUGCCUGUAGAGAACUGGGUGGUGUCAUUGUUCGCGCUGGGCGAGGGCUGGCACAACUACCACCACACCUUUCCCUGGGACUACAAGGCGGCGGAGUUCGGGAACCACAUGAACGCCACAAGUUAUAUCAUCGAUAUAUUCGCUAAGAUCGGGUGGGCCUAUGAUCUGAAGAAGGCGUCUCCGUCGCUUGUUCAUGCGGUUGCGAGUAGGAAAGGAGACUUGUCAAUAAAAAGGAAUGUAAAAUAGUUGUGUAUAAAUGUUUAGUUAAGAGAUUAUGUAAAGUAUAGUUAAUAUAUGUAAAGCGUUUGUUUUGUUGAUUGAAGACAAUGUAAAAUAGUUCGUUGCCGAAAAUAAUAAAAUGAUACGU